GUCUCUCUUUCUCUCUCUCAAAUACGCAUUGUUACAGCACUUCACCCUCUCAAUCCCCACCCCUCUUUAUUAUUAUUUUUUUCUUUUUUUCAAAUUUCCCAACCCUCUUUUAUUAUCCCCUUAUAAAAUAAUAUUUAUUUUAUUUUAAUAAAAAGAAGGACGUAAAAUUCAGGGGUUUUGUGGGGUGAACGAUCCCCUAAACACGAAAAAAUUGAAAUCUAAAUCCACCAAAGCAUAUGGCAUUUCACGUAGCUUGCCCAAUUACAUGUCGUAGAAUUUGCUUCUGCGCCUUAGGGUUUCCGCGAGCUCUUCAUGGAACUGAAGCUUCCAAUGGCUUCCUCAACGACGUUGCCGCGCUCGGCGAAUUCCUCUCCGACAAUCGAAAGGACACGGCCACCGUCAAGGUUGCAGUUCCCAAGGUCGUACCACCUCCUCCGCCGCCGAAUCCUACGCCGGAUGGAGGAGUACCUGCCGCGGAAGAGGAGUCCGCAUCGAUGAAGGCAAAGCGCGUGGCACUGCAGCGGAAGGGAGCCGCCGCCAUGAUCGCCGCCGAGGAGUACGCUCGCCGGUUGGAGUCCGGUGAUGUUGCGGAUGCACCUGGAAAUCCUGUUGGAGAAGAACCGUGCCAAGCUAAUGCCAAAGUCUUUUGUCGAAUGUGUAAUCGUGUUGAAAACGAAGGAAGUGAGAGAGCAAAGAAGAUGCUAUCGUGUAAGAGUUGUAACAAGAAGUAUCAUAGGAACUGCUUGAGAAGUUGGGCACAAAAUAGAGAUUUAUUUCAUUGGAGCUCAUGGACCUGCAGGGCUUGCCGAAUUUGUGAGGCUUGCAGAAGGACAGGUGAUCCAAGUAAGUUCAUGUUUUGCAAAAGGUGUGAUGGUGCUUACCAUUGUUAUUGUCUGCAACCUCCUCAUAAGAAUGUUAGUACUGGGCCAUAUUUGUGCCCAAAACACACAAGGUGUCACAGUUGUGGAUCCAAUGUUCCCGGAAAUGGACUGAGUGUGAGGUGGUUUCUAGGGUACACCUGCUGUGAUGCAUGCGGAAGAUUGUUUGUGAAAGGCAACUACUGUCCAGUCUGUUUGAAGGUUUACAGAGAUUCAGAAUCAACACCAAUGGUUUGCUGUGAUAUUUGCCAGCGCUGGGUGCAUUGUCACUGUGAUAAUAUUAGUGAUGAGAAAUAUCACCAAUUUCAAGUGGAUCGGAAUUUGCAGUAUAAAUGUCCUACUUGUCGUGGGGAAUGUUAUCAGAUCAAGGGACUUGAGGAUGCAGUUCAAGAGCUUUGGAAGAGAAGAAAUAUUGUUGAUAGAGAUUUAAUUGCCAGCUUGCGGGCUGCAGCUGGUUUGCCAACUCAGGAAGAAAUAUUUUCUAUUUCACCAUUUUCAGAUGAUGAGGAUAGCGAGCCUUUGAAAUUAAAGAGUGAAUCUGGGCGUUCCUUUAAAUUCUCUUUAAAGAAUUUGUCGAAUAACUCACCCAAGAAGUUUAAGGAUUAUAUAAAGAAAUCUUCAAACAAAAAUUCUAAGAAAAGGGACUCUCAGUCGGUUAUGAUUAAUAAACCAGACAUGCACUAUAGUUUUGAAGGACAAAGCGAUGUAAAAUCUUUACAUAGCUUGGAUGAUGAUAAGAAUGAUGAUAUACAAUCCCAAAGAAAUGAAGGUCCUGAUGUUUAUUCAUCGCCUGCUGCUGGAAGCCUGAGCCAAACUGAAGUAUCUUGUCCUAUCAACAAGACAGGGAUUUUGAAACAUAAGUUUGUUGAUGAGGUGAUGGUUAGUGAUGAAGAGAGGAAGCCCAGAGUUUUCCGAAUAAAAAAUAAUAAGGCACAUAUACUGAAUAGUGAAGAUGAGAGUGGAAAAGAUGGUGAUAAGGCUGAGAGUGUCAAAGGUAAGAAGUUGGUGAUUAAUUUGGGUGCACGGAAAAUUAAUGUGGCUAAUUCUCCCCGCUCUGAUACUUCAAGCUGCCAAAGGGAUCAAGAUCUGGUUACUGUUAAUGGAAGUGAAGAUAUAAGCCAAGUAAGGAAAGGAUUUGCAUCAGAUAGACAUGAUGGAGCCGCUAGACGUGUUGAUGGAAGCAAUGUUGACUCUGGCCAAUCAAAACAUUUAAAGGUUUCAGGUAGAGAAGAAAAUUUCAUUAAACUGGGGAAAUUGAAGCCAGAAGUUCAGAAAUUCACUCUACCAUCUGGUAGAGGUGAGGUUCCUUUAGAUCAAACUUGCAUCUUGCAGGGAAAACGUGGUACUGAUGCAAACGUGGAAGCAACACCAAGAGGUGAAAGAACAUAUCAUCGGAGGCCGAAAGAAGGCAUUUCUGAUGCAUAUGAUGGGACAGAUAACAAUCAUAAUCAAACACCUUCACAUUCUUUGCCAAAAGAUUCUAAACCACUACUCAGAUUUAAAUUCAAGAAACCUAGUGUAGAAAGUAAAAAUUCUAUUAUUCAAGAGGAAGAAAAGACUACAAUCAAGGGCCAGAGGUCAAAAAGGAAGAGACCUUCACCUUUCAAGGAGAAAGCAUCUUUUAAUGAGGCUGGAGAUGUAAAUCAAUCACAGACGGGAAAUCUAAUGGAUGAAAUCAUGGAUGCUAACUGGAUAUUGAUGAAGUUGGGCAAUGAUGCAAUUGGUAAAAGAGUUGAAGUUCAUCACACAUCGGACAAUUCUUGGCAUAAGGGAGAGGUUACUGAUAUAGUUGAAGGCUCAUCGAAAUUGUAUGUUACCUUAGAUGAUGGGAAGAUCAAGACCGUGGAACUCAGGAAGCAGGGAGUUCGCUUUGUUUCUCAAAAGCAGAAAAGGUCAAAGACAUGAUCACAAAUCUUUAUCAACUAUUAGUGAUCCUCUUAUGUGGCGGUGUUCCUUUAACUUGAAGAUUAUUUCAUCUGUGAGGCCUCUACUUAUUGAAUUUGUAUUGCUAGUCUCUUUCAAUGAUGCUGAUCUUUGGGUGAAGCAUUCUCCGAUUGGAGCUAAUUUUCAGAUUUUUUUAGCCAGAAUUUAGCUUACCUGCCCCUGCCCUUCUCUGGGUCGCAGGUUGUUCCUGCCUUUCUGGGCAAAUUAUUUUUUUUUCUUCUCCGAGUUGAGAUGUACCAAUUUCACAAAGUAGUUCUGUAUCGUGAUGUAUAGGUUACCCAUUCCUUUAGAAUAGUAGGGCAACUUAGAGCCCGAGAAGUACUAGAUGUAAUGAUGUAUUACUUGAUUAGGGCUACUAAUAGUAUUUGGAUUGCAGGCUUCAUGAUAUGAAUUUAUUUUCUCGAA